AUGGCCGGCGACGGACGUGCUCCCACUCCCACCGGCCUCCGCGUCGUGAUGUUCCCGUUCCCGUUCGGGAGACACAUCACGCAGAUGCUCCAGCUCGGGGAGCUCCUCCUCGCGCGGGGUCUGGGCGUCACCGUGCUCCACACCGCCUUUAACGCGCCUGACCCGACGUGCCACCCGGAGCUCACCUUCGUGUCCAUCCGCGAGUCCCUCCCCGCCGACGUCGUCGCCUGCCCCGACAUGGUGGAGCAGAUGAUGGCGCUCAACGCCGCCUGCGAGGCGCCGUUCCAGGCGGCGCUCGCCGAGCAGCUGGCGCGCGGUGGCCAUCAGGCCCUGCAGGGCCCGGGCGAGGUCGCCUACGUGGUGGUCGACGGGCAGUGGUACAAGAUGCUGGGCGUCGCCACGCGUGUCGCCGUCCCCGCGCUCGCGCUCCGCGCCGACGGCGCCGCCACGUUCCUCAGCAUGCUCGCCACCCCGCGGCUCGUCGCCGACGGCUACCUCCCCAUCAAAGGCACGUCGUUUUUCUCCUUCCCUUCUCCGUGCGUGGAAGGAACUCUGUGA